AAACUUCAUCCCGACAACUUGACUAAAUUUACGACUUCAAUAGGCAACUUACAUAAGAAAAUCACAUAGUACUCUUGCCAUAACUACAUAGCGAAAUUGAAGUAAGCUUAGAGUUUUACGCUAUGCUCUUUUGAAUCACUAUGUGAUUUUCUUAUGUAAGUUGCCUAUUGAAGUCGUAAAUUUAGUCAAGUUGUCGGGAUGAAGUUUUUUUGACGUAUGAUGUCUCUUUCUGUCCCGUUCCAUUGAAAAAUAUUCUUGUUUAUUAGCAUUACUUUUGUAUCAAAAGCUGCUCUAUUGAAUGUGUUUGAGACCAAGUAUAUAGACAAGUACUUAGAUGGUAAAGUCCAGAGUAACCAGAGUUUUUUGCAAAUAAAAAAGGCACUUAUCAAGUAAUUGAAUAAAUAAAGAUAUUUGAUAAGUACUUCAUCAAGUAUUGACAGGUACCUUGGUAAGUACUUGUGCAAUCUAUGCAAGUAUCCGAAGUUCUCUCAAGUACCUGAUACACAACAACAUACUGAAACUUGACAAGUGCUUAACUAAAUAUAUUUGAAAACUAGUGCUUCUAUACAUACCUUAGGUGAAAUUAAAAAAAUAUAUGUCGAAAAAUACAUGGAGACCUUUUAAGAUAACGUCAAACGUGCAACAAAUUUAGGUUUUUGUAAAGUAUGCACAAAAACACCAUUUUCUGGCAGAGAUACACAGGAGAACCAAACACAUUUUUUAAGAGGUUCAUAGCAUAGCAUAAAAUCUAUUUACGCGAAAAAUAAUAAAUGUAGACUGUCUAUUGGAUUUAUGGUGUUAUAUUUACCUCUAGGUUCGUAUGGAAAAUACCACUGUGCUUGGGUUAGAUGUUGUCGUUCAAGAUGAAUUAUUUAUUAAUGGUGGUAUUAUACUGCCACAUAAAUCAAUUAGUGAAUCAGUUCCUGAACCGAAAGUUUUAAUCUAA